AUGCCAGGACCAACAUUGAGUUCAGAGCCUGCUCUGCCAGAAGUACGCGAAAAGCUACACCUUCCACCCAAAAGUUAUGCCGAUGCUGCCGAGGAAACACCAGAGUCGCCAGAUGAUGGAAGCCAUGAAAAUAAUGAAAAUAAGGAGAAUAGCGUGAAUGGACAAACAGCCUUGGAUGCGAAUGGCUCAGGCAAAAAUGGACCUAAGCACAAAGUGUCAGUCCUGAGGAUCGUGGAUACGAACGGUUCAGAUUCUACCAGAUCUGCCGACAAAGAGGAUACCAGACCAAAGUUCGAUAGGCAGGAGUCGAAGAGAGAGUACUCGGCAACGGGCCUCGACGAUACUCCGAAAAGUCCUCCUCGACACAGGCAUCGAAAAUCAUCUUCCCAGAAAUCAAAUGGGUCCCAGGAGAAUGGUCAGGACUCGAACACAAAUACGAUGACGGAUACUCAAAAUAAUACCAAGCCUAACACGGCCAUCUUCGAAGGCGAACGCAAUGGCAGUAAGCUCACAAGUGUGAAGCCCUCGGAGGAUUACGAAAAAGAACUCCAAAGAGACCACAAUGAAGCUCCAAAGUCUAAAGACGAAAAGUUGGUUAGUGGGAGACAAGCUGGACAAAGAUGGCAUACAAGCGGCAUUCGAUGGGCUCCAAUGAAUGUUCCACUUCAACGCAGACUUCAAACAUUGGUGGUACUGUUUCAUACACUCUGCAUUGCCAUUUUUGUAUCAAUGUUCUUUUUCCUAUGCGCAAUACCCCUUUUCUGGCCAAUAUUAAUCCCGUAUAUGAUCUACCUCAUUACAUCCAAGGCUUCAAUAUCCGGGACUUUGAGCCAUCGAUCAAACUUCUUCCGAUCGCUACCUGUGUGGUCAUUAUUUGCAUCUUACUUUCCAGCCCGGUUACACAGAACUCAAGAGCUACCGCCCACGAGGAAAUAUAUCUUCGGAUAUCAUCCCCAUGGUAUAAUCUCCCACGGGGCGUUCGCCGCCUUUGCCACCGAAGCUCUUGGAUUUUCUCAGCUCUUCCCAGAUAUCAAGAAUACACUUCUCACAUUAGAUACCAAUUUCAGAAUACCGCUAUAUCGUGAAUACGCUUUAGCAAUGGGGCUUGCGUCCGUAUCUAAAGAAUCUUGCGAGAACCUACUUUCAAAGGGCGGGACAAACAAGGAGGGUAUGGGACGCGCAAUUACUAUAGUUGUUGGAGGCGCAGCAGAGUCACUAGAUGCACAGCCAUACAGUCUUAGAUUGGUCCUCAAGCGUCGCAAGGGUUUCGUCAAGAUGGCUAUCCGAACUGGUGCAGACUUGGUUCCGGUUCUAGCUUUUGGUGAGAACGAUCUUUAUGAUCAAUUUUCCGCCGACUCACACCCAUGGAUCCACAAAUUUCAAUUACUGGUCAAGAAAUUGAUGGGAUUCACCAUACCCCUCUUUCAUGCUAGAGGUGUCUUCAACUACGAUGUCGGUCUUAUGCCAUAUCGAAGGCCUUUAAAUAUUGUCGUCGGCCGGCCUAUUAAAGUAAUCCAGUCUAAAACUCCCGAACAACAAGAUAUUGAUCGCGUUCACGAGGAAUACGUGACGGAACUUGAGAGGCUAUGGGACUUAUGGAAGGACGAUUUUGCUCCUAACAGAAAGGAUGAGCUCCAGCUCGUUGAAUGA